AUGUCGAUUGGAACGUCGCUACUUGUGCUGGCAGUGCUCGCUGCUGCAGCUAUGGCAGCUACAAGCGAGUCAAUUGAUUGCGUCUCCCGCAUCGAUGUCGAAGCGCCGGAAAACAGCGGGUUCGAAACCGGCUUCAACUGCGUCAAUAGCAGCCCAUCGUGGGCUUGGCGGGUGUAUGCUGUUGGCUAUAACGCAAACAACCAUGUGUACAACGACGUGGGUACCGGCUUUGCCACUAUGAAGGCCACAAACUCGGAUCAGAACCUGCUGUAUGUCUUCGGCCAGAUCGGAGGCUAUGAGUUUGUCAACGUUCCGAGCGCCAUUACCGAGCCUCUGCAGCUGGCGCCGUCGGCGGACACGCUGUACGCAAUCACAGGGCCGACGUCUGCGAUGGUGGCGUGGGCGUACGACAGCCAUACCGUUGUCACGCUCUUUGAUCCGUCGACGGACAAGGCGCUGGCCGGGUGCACGCUCGUUGCCGACUCGUCGUACGGACUGGGCGCAGGUGAUGCCAGCACGCUCUACUCGACCUGGACCUGUAGCGACGGAUCGGCAGCUGUGGUUGCCGUCAACACCACCAGCCAUGCCAUCGCCAGCUACGCUGUCGGUGGCAAGGUAGUCUCGUCAACGCUCGACCGCGCGUCGCGCGCCACCUACGUCGUUGUCGCAGGACCGACGGGCAAGACGGUGAUGCAGCUGGCCAGGUCCGGCACCAUUACCCCUAUCACCAUGCCCACCAGCGAUCCGACCGCCCUUUUCCCGUGGCCAGCCAUUGCCGAUGGCAUCUGCACGGCCACACAGACCUCGGACACCUCCAAGUUUGCCGCCAACUGCGGCUCUGUCGGCGGCAAGAACGCCACCAUCAUCAUCCCGGUCUACAAGGGUGCCGGACCGCUCUCUCUUUCGAACUUCCAGGUCGCGGCCUGCUAA